GCAGGUUACUGCAUAUGAGGGUGCUCAGUUUAACAAAGACGGAUAUCGAACGUCUGCACUAGUUUCGGCGAAUACGGUAUAACACUCGUCCGUUCAUAUAGAUAGCCGGAAGUAUCAGAGGCCGGUCAACUACAUCGGUUUUUGGGAAGAGGCAACAGGCUCUCGUGAGUUUAGGGCAACCUUGUACCGUUUAUAUAAACUCGCUGAUAACCACAGCAACAAAUCCCGUAUACCGGGCAAAGCGGCUCUCUCGUUGUGAACUCCUGCCAUAUUUUCGCUUUAAACAUGGGAUUACUGUUCGCCAAACUGAUGACUGUGUUCGGAGACAGAGAACACAAAGUGAUCAUCGUAGGGUUGGAUAAUGCCGGGAAGACAACCAUCCUUUACCAAUUUCUGACAAAAGAGGCAGUACACACCAGUCCAACAAUAGGCAGUAACGUGGAGGAGAUUUCGGUGAGGAAAACCCGUUUCCUGGUCUGGGACAUCGGCGGCCAGGACGCCAUCAGAGCAAGCUGGAACUCGUACUAUUGCAACACAGAGAUUGUUAUUUUGGUGGUGGACAGCACAGACAGAGAGCGGUUAACUCUCACUAAAGAGGAGCUCCAUCGUAUGCUUGCCCACGAGGACCUGCAGAAUGCGUCUGUGCUGGUGUUGGCCAACAAACAGGACAUGAAGAACAGCAUGUCCCCGGCGGAGAUCUCUCAGUGCCUCACGCUCGAUUCCAUCACCGCGCACUCCUGGCACGUCCAGGCCUGCUGCGCUCUCACGGGCGAAGGUCUCCCUGCUAGUCUGGACUGGAUGCGUUCUCGUGUUUUGGCCAACUGAUCCGACAGCUCAACUCUUCCGACCUCCGUGGCCAGAGAGCCAGAGAGCCAGGACUGCCUCCCCUCUUACCCCAGGUCCGAGUGCCUCUACCUGGGCAUGAGGUGGCUCAGAGCCCCCUGACACCCGCAUCAGCCUGAAGGAAUAUGCCUCAGCCACACUUACCCACGUGUGUUUGUGUGUAUGCGUGUUAGAGAGAGAGAGAGUGUGUGUGUGUUCGUGUGUUUGUGUGACACCGUUCUAGAGGUCCACAUUGUUUACAGAACUAACCGGUCGGAUCCGGUUUUACACUGAUUUGGCGUUGCCAUUUGACUAAUGGCGUACUGGAAUGUUCUACCCAGACUGGCGGGUCAGGAUGCUGCCUAUGGACUGCUGCCCUUUGAAUGGGAAGGGCUAGGCCAUUACCACUGUUUGGAUUGCUGCUCUUUUAAACUCCUGACCAAGCAUUACCUGAAGUAUUUGAUUGGAUGAUUUACAUUUGAUGGACUAUCGUUUGACCAACCCGUGCAGGAAUAAAACAGAGAUGUACAGGGGUUUUUUUUUGGGGGGG